UGGAACUUCCUACGCUGACCAUUUUAGCAGUUAUGCUUGUGUUGGGCCUUGCAAGAUGCGAAGACUACUCUCGUUUCCUUGUCGACAUCGUUGAACCAACAGGAGUCGCUGAUGUGAAGACCACCAUGGCCACUGUUAAAAGCAUCUUGCAAGAAACAGCCGGUGUUGAUUUCAUCUUCAAGGUAUUUGGUGAACCAAGGGUAUUAGCAAUUCUGCAUAUACCCAGCCUGUGCGAUAUGCGUCCUGUCGAAGAUAAGUUGUUGGUGGCUAAUCUGGUCUUCACUGUGAAAUCUCUUUUCCUGGUUGAAAAACUUGCAGCUGAUCUGGGGGUGAACAGAACCCUUAUUGCAAGUGCCCCGCCUCCAGCGAACCUCACUGGAGACCACAUUUACUUCUGGGAUGUAAUUUACAGAAUGGAAGAUCUAACCAGUGAAGAAUACAAAGAGGAAAUACGAGACAGUCUGGAGGAAAGCUUCAAGUACAGACUAGACAACCACCACAGUCUCAUGUACAGAGUUCUCGGAGGGCUUCCUAUUCAGAUGAUGUGUUUUGUACCAAUGGAACCAGAGGAAGCUGAACUGGUUGUCUGGCACUUCAACCGCCGGAAGCUGAUUUUCACAGGAAAGGUGGUGCUGGUUCAGAACCUAGACGUUUAUCUUAAAGGCUGUCAGUAAUAAUCAGUACUUUAAUCUAUAAAGAAGUCAAUAUCAGAAAGUUUUAGUUUGGCCUUGAAUAAAACUUAUAUCAACUGAAUGGUUGAACGACUCCAGCUAUCAUUGUAUGUGUUGCAGUUGUGAAUAAAGACAGAAAGGUACCCCUUGAGUAUAAAUUUUGUCAA